GGACAUUUGGUGCCUUCGCAGGGCAAACGUCUGAGGUUUUGUUUGGCUUGUAAUUUACGCACGGCCUGCAGAUUUCCACCCAAUUAUGUCUUUCUCAAGGGCUGGAAUUAAACGUUUCAAUGAUAUCAAAGGAUGUGCACCCCCAGUAGGUGCCUAUGACCCAAGGGAAGUAGAUGCACACGGGGCAGCUAUCGCAUUUGACAAAUCCGAUAGGUUUAAAACACCCAAAGAUGUUGGAUCAUGUCAUGGAACCUCCAUCAACAUGAGUCAGUUGAGCAAUCUGAGCGCCAUCAGCUGUGAUGGAGUCACACCCACCAAGAAACUCUUCACCACAAGCACACCUAAUCUUUUUGCUGUUGAGAAAAAAGGAAAGCAUUUCGAAAAGCCAGUAAUGCCAGUAGAUCCAGCCAAACUGAAACAACUUGAAAAAGAGAUUAAAAAACUGUUACAAGAGAGGGCAGAGCAAGACAGAAUUCUAGUCAAGAGAGAAGAGGAAUGGAAGAAACUAGAUGCAAAGUACAAAAAUACUUUACAAGAGAAGAACUCGCUUCAGACGAAAACUGCAGCGCUGGAAAAACAGUUGACCGAUGUACAGAAGGGAAAUGAUGUACUCAAAAACAAGAUUUCAGCUGCAGAAGGAUCACUAAAAAAGCAGGAGAACCUGCAAGCAGAGGUUAACUCUCUGAAGUUGCAGAUAGCUGUCAAGGAAGGAGAGGCAAUAAGGCUGAGGCAGGAGCUAGAGACUUCAGUCAACGAGCUCCUGGACUGUCUGUAUUUAUCAUUAGAGACGGCUAAUGUGCUCAAAGACAGGGAGGACCUUGCAGGUGACUUGGCUGAUUUGAGAGCAAACAAUCUUGGAAUACUGGAAAAACUGAAACUGGCCAAUUUGAAAGUGAAGAUACUGAAGGAGGAAGUGGAAAGAGUGAUUGAGGAUGCCAGUCUUAAGACAUUGGAAACCGCACAGAAAUGGGAGACCAAAUACUUGGCACUGACAGAGGAGAAACGCUUGCUGCAACUGGCCAUGGAUUCGCUGGAGGAAAACCUCAAGUCGUCUGAUACCUGUAGGAAGAGCCUACAGGAGAACAGAGAUGCAUUACUGACUGAAGUGGCAAGCCUAGAAGAAACAAUUCAGGAAAUGAAAUCUGAAAAAUGGGAUAAUGAUGAAGAAAUCAGACACCUGAAAGGGCUGCUGUUUGCUGAAGAAGACGGACGAAAAGUAGAAUCACAAUCAGCAUUUGAAAGCAGUGCUGAAAAAGCAGAAUUACAGGAAAAAAUAGAUCAUUUGGUGGAAUGCAAUGACGAAAUGAAUAAGAACAUCCGUCUGAUGACAGAGAAAUAUCAAACCCUGGAAGUUGCACUGUUAGAUGAGCAGAAUGUCUAUGAAAACCACAUUCAGAAACUGGAAGCCCAGUUAAAUUUAUCCAAAGGGGAUGUGGACAGAUUAAACAUAGAAGUUGUGGAAUUGCAGCAGAAAAAUAAGGAGUAUAUAACUACCAUGGGAGAAGAAAAGGCAUUGACUGAUAAAAAAUUACUUGGUCUGGAGGAGAAACUAGCCACAAGCUGUGAAGCAGAGGCCGUCAAACUAGCUGAGAUUCAGGAGUUAAAGGAAAACUUGAGGCAGCUUUCAUCCGAUAUAUGUGCUUACAAGGAACAGAUCGAGGAUGGCAACAUUAGGGAAAAAGAGGCACAUGAAAAAGUUCAGGAGUUGGAGGAGAAGGUUUCCAGGCUGCAGACAGAACUUACUGAGAUUCAGGGCACUGUUCUGGCGCAGAAAGAAUUGGAGGAGAAGAUAAAUGAGACGAAAAGGCAGUACGCCGAUCUACAAGAACAGCACGCCAGAUAUGUGGAUGAAACGUCUGGUAACAUUGCUGAUCUUCAGUCAAGGCUAGUUGACCACCAGGAGGAGAAAGCCAGUCUCACAGAGGAAAUACACACACUCAAGUCACAGAUUGAUCAGCUUACAUUAGAUGUACAUGAUUAUGAACAGGCUCUCAAAGACUUUGACUGUUUUAAGUCAGAGGCCAAUCAGAAGCAGGGAGAGUUACAAAAGAGUCUGGACGAAGCUUUUUCUGUGAAGGCCUCACUAGAGGAAAAGUGUGAGGCUCUUGAAGGAAAACUGAAGGAGUUAAGUGUGCAGGAGGCGAUCUUGUCCAGGGAAAAGGUGGAGCUGUCCUCUGAAGUAGAUAAGGUGAAGGGGGAGAGGAACACACUGUGUCAGGCUAACCUAGAGCUCCACACCAAACUGGCCGUUAGCGAGGAGGCACGAGAUGAGCUACACCAAGGUAACCAAGAGCUGGAGAAAGACUAUGAACAGGUGCGCCGCCAGCGAGUAAGGCUGGAGGAGAGCUGUGCUGAGCUGGAGGACAAGCUAAGCUGUGCAGAGGCCAGGUGUGCUGAGCAGGCAGACUUAGCUCACCAGGUGAGCAAACUGACAGGUGAGCUGGAGACUGUGGAGAACAAUUGCGAGCAGCUCGAGGCCAGGUUAUCUGACAUGACCUGUGAGCAAGAGGAGCUGACACGGGCCAACACCAGGCUUCAGGAAGAACUGGUGAGGAGCAUUGAGGUGAAACAAGCCAUCAGUGACAAGUUUGUGGCCACAGAUGCCAAGCUGAUGAAGACAGAGAAACAAGUAGUGGAGCUACAGGCUGCUAAGGAGGCUCUGCAGGAGCAGAUGUAUGCAGCUCAAGAGGAAGACCUGACAAAGAUGAUGACAAAGAUUGAAGACUUGACUACCCAGCUUGAAACACUAGAGAAGGCUAAAGAUUCCUUUCAACAAGCAGUCCAAGAGCUUCAGCAGCAGAAGUUGGAGAGCUGCAAGCAGAUACGGGAACUGGAAUCUGAAAUUUCAGAGAGAAACAGCAAAGUAGAAACUAUAACUACAGAGAAAGACAAACUAAGAGAGGACUUUGAAAUUUUGUCUGAGAGGAAGAAGACUGUUGAUUUGAAAUGUACAGAAAUGGAAGAAAAAGUGAAUAUGGCACAAAAGGAAAAAGUCAAUCUGGAGACUGAAAAAAGAAUCCUAGAGGCAGAGCUUGCAACAGUUCAAGAAGAAGUGGAAAAACUAAGGCUGAAUUUCUCUGAAAUUGAGAAGAAGAGCAGUUGUUCUGUAGAAGAAAGGGAGAGAUUGAUAGGCGAGAAAGAAGACUUACAGGAACAACUUGCACAAGCUCUGAAGAAGUGUGAUGAAUUAGUCAAGAGUCAAGAGAGUCUAGAACUGACAUUGAUGGAGAACGUAAAGAUGCAGGAGGAAAUGAGUCAAACAAUUGACCACCUUGAGGACAGUUGUGAGCUCCGUGUGAAGGGAGAGCAGGAGAAGUUUAAACAGAUGGAGGAGCAGUACGAGGAGCAGGUGACCGUGCUGCGUGAACAGCUGGCCGAUUGUGUACCCCGAGAGGAGGUGGAGCCACUCCUAGACGACGCCUAUGGCUGGAAGGCAAAGUAUGAGGACCUGUUAGCCAAGGUGGAGCCCUUCAUGGAGCAAAUUGAUGCAUAUGAGGUGGAAAAACAAGCCCUUUUAGGAAUGAAGAAAGAUGCACAGAAGGAAGUUGAGAAACUAAGUCGAGAUUACGCCAAAUUGUUAGGACAUCAGAACCAGAAACAGAAGAUCAAGCACAUUUUGAAGUUAAAGGACGAAAAUAAUUCAUUGAAAAUUGAACUGAACAAGACAAGAGAGCAGGUCAGCAAAUCAAGACGUACAAUUCAGAGGCUCGAGGACAAAGUUCGUUCGCUGGAAGGAAAACGUGGAAAGUUCGAUCCAUCUAAGGCAUUCCAACACAGCAAGGAGAAUGACCCUAAAACUCCCCCGCAGAAACUUGCACUGGACUCUGCAGGAAGAAGCCUGGCCUCCCCACUUGCUAACAGGAAUGGCAAAUUUAUCUCCCCAGUCCAGAAUGGGUUUGGAAACAAACUGUGACUGCUUUGAAGAGAUAUCAACUCACGUCUGGAGACUUCUGGAAAUUGGAAAGGUUGUCUUGCCUGUGUGUCCUAGCAGAGAUCACAGUUUAGCCAUGCAGCAUUUAGUUUUCAAAGUGGUCA